AUUCUUUUAAUGCGUUUUGUUUGUUCGUUUGUACUUUGUACUACGGCCUUGAGAGUUUGUACGUUUGUUUGGUUUAUUAUUGAAAGGCUUUUUCCAUUCACAAUAAGACAUGGCGGAAGAUCUGGUUGACAAUUUGAAUACAUACAACGAACAGCUGAAACAGGUAGAGGCUGCUCUCACAAAUAAUCCGUCAGAUGAUGAAUUGUUGAAGUUGAAGAAAGAUUUGCUGGAGGUUAUUGAGCUCACGACGGAUCUUAUCCGCGCUCAAGCUCCGGGUUCUUCGACGUCGCAAGAUUCGUCUGAGGUUCAGGAGCCGAUCCGCGACUGGGAGGUCGGCGACAAAUGCUCAGCCAUCUGGUCGGAGGAUGGACAGUACUACAACGCGCUGGUGGACGAGGUGACCUCGGACGGACAGGUGAUGAUCCACUUUGUCGGCUUCAAGACGGCCGAGGUGACGCGGCUGGCGCUGCUCCGCGACCCGCUGCCCGAGCAGCCCAAGGCCGAGGACGGCGCCGAGACCUCCAAGUCAGGGCGGAAGACGAACCGUAACCAGCAAGAGUACUUGAAGCGCAAGAAGCAGAAGAAGGUACAGCGUUUCAAGGAGAUGGAGGAGGUUCGCGAACAAGAGAAGAGCAAGUGGCAACAGUUCAACACCAAGGUAAGCAAGAAGAAGAACAUCAAAGGCUACACCAAGUCGUCCAUUUUCAAAACGCCGGAGGCUGUGAACGGCAAAGUGGGCGUUGGAACAUGUGGCAUCGGAGGCAGGCCAAUGACCUCGUACACCACAGCGGACAAGUGGAAACGCGGCGUCUAGCGAAGCCUAGAAGCGUGUGUGGCUGGUGCUCUCGCAAAGAACCUGUCCGUUGCCGCGAUGUCGCGUUGACAUCUCACGGACUGGAUCGGACGAUCGUAUCUAUCCUCAAGGAUCUCCACAUCAGUUCGGCCGCGGCUGCAGUGAGUUUCCUCUCGCUGCUUCUCGUCAAACUGAUGGGUCAGAUACGUGAGUGGGUGCUUCUGACAACCCGAGAUGCCUGGCGUUGGAACCAGACACGCUGGUGAGGCUGUCUGCCAAUGAUUGCUCCAGUGUUCACAUAAAGACCUUCGAGCGCUGGAACUCGGAUCCGCGCGGACGCCGUCAGGACCUCCUGCUGGCCGUUCCGUGUGUCCGUGCGAACCGUUGCACGGAUUUGUGGUGUGCUGGGGACGCUCGAGUCAUCGUUGCCCAUGUCGUGUGGACGUGACCGAUUCGAAAGUUGCGCCUGUGCUUGAAUGUGUCAGGAGGUGUGUAUCUAAGAGCUAGGAACUGUAUGUGUGCCUGCCUAUACAUGUGGAUGUGUGUGUCAUGGGCUGCUGAAGUCGGCGAACUUGAUCGAGUCUCUUUGUGGGUGGUUGAAUGUUUCUUCCUUGUUUUCACACUGGAGACUGCAAGUCAUAUGAUUGACGUGUGCUCUACUCUUUGGAAUGUAUGACGAUGUGUACAAAAUUAAAUACAAAUGAACAUAAGUUACUUAUCA